CCGCCAACGGAAAACCACCAUGACAGCCUCCUCCGCCGCCGUCGCCGUCGUGUCGGGUUUUCUCCGUGUUCCGUCAAUUCAAAAGUCUCAAAACCCUUCCCUUCUAUUUUCUCGACCCAAGAAAUCUUUGGUGAGACCCAUUUCAGCUUUAAGCUCAGAAUUGCCGGAAAAUGUUCGGAAUUUCUGGAAAUGGCUCGGAGACCAAGGAGUCGUCUCCGGGAAGUCUCCGGCGGAACCUUCCGUGGUACCGGAAGGUUUGGGACUUGUAGCCAGGCGUGAUAUUGGAAGAAACGAGGUCGUAUUGGAGAUUCCUAAGCGAUUGUGGAUAAACCCAGAGACUGUGACGGCUUCCAAGAUCGGACCUUUAUGCGGCGGAUUAAAGCCGUGGGUUUCAGUAGCUCUGUUUUUGAUCAGAGAGAAGUAUGAAGAAGAGUCUUCAUGGAGAGUUUAUCUUGAUAUGCUUCCUCAAUCUACUGAUUCUACUGUCUUCUGGUCAGAAGAGGAGCUUGCUGAGCUUAAAGGGACUCAACUGUUGAGUACCACAUUGGGUGUGAAAGAGUAUGUGGAGAAUGAAUUCUUGAAACUGGAACAAGAGAUAUUACUGCCCAACAAAGAUCUCUUCUCAUCCCGCAUAACACUCGAUGACUUCAUCUGGGCAUUUGGGAUUCUCAAGUCGAGGGCUUUUUCUCGUCUCCGUGGCCAAAACCUUGUCUUGAUCCCUCUUGCUGAUCUGAUAAACCAUAACCCCGCAAUAACGACAGAAGAUUACGCAUACGAGAUUAAAGGAGCCGGCCUUUUCUCUAGAGAUCUCUUAUUUUCCUUGAAGUCACCUGUUUAUGUUAAAGCAGGUGAGCAGGUAUACAUUCAGUACGAUCUGAACAAAAGCAAUGCAGAACUUGCUCUGGACUAUGGUUUUGUGGAAUCAAACCCUAAACGGAACUCAUAUACUUUAACAAUAGAGAUACCAGAAUCAGACCCAUUCUUUGGGGAUAAGUUGGAUAUCGCUGAGACUAACAAGAUGGGUGAGACCGGAUACUUUGACAUAGUAGACGGCCAGACUCUUCCCGCUGGCAUGCUUCAGUUCCUUCGGCUUGUGGCUCUUGGCGGUUCAGAUGCUUUCUUAUUAGAAUCUAUCUUCAAUAAUACCAUAUGGGGACAUCUUGAAUUGCCUGUAAGUCGUUCAAACGAGGAACUAAUAUGCCGUGUAGUCAGAGAUGCCUGCAAAUCUGCUUUGUCUGGUUUUAGUACCACCAUUGAAGAGGAUGAGAAGCUUCUGGAAGAAGGAAAGCUUGAUCCUAGGUUGGAAAUGGCUCUCAAGAUAAGAAUUGGUGAGAAGAGAGUGCUUCAGCAAAUCGACCAAAUCUUCAAGGAUAGAGAGCUUGAGCUUGACGUUUUAGAGUAUUACCAAGAGAGAAGGCUCAAAGAUCUUGGUUUGGUUGGCGAACAAGGGGAUAUCAUCUUCUGGGAAACCAAGUGAGAAUUAGCUUAGCUCGUAUAGAUUAUCCUGCAGAACAAACUCAGGGCUAGAAAGAAAAUCUUUUACUGGUU